AUGGUGUUUAAAACGAUUGCGGCAAGAGGAAAUAUCGUCAUUGAAUCAACGGACACAGUUAAGUUGGAUCGAGACUGGUACUUUAAUCAGCUUUCAGAUUUACUGAGAUCCACUUCAAAAAGAGCUCUGGCUAAUUACAUGAUGGCUCGCCUGCUUACCUUUACUGAACUUCUGGACUUUCGCUUCAUGGAGUUAAAUAACAAAUAUCCUGCAGAUCAAUCCAAAAAAACUACUAGUACACGGUGGUUGCAGUGCUUGAAAACUACGCAGGAGAAACUCCCAGAAGCUGUUUAUCGGAUGUAUGUGGAUAAACACUUCAGAAAGGAGGAUAAAGAUUCCGUAAUGGCUAUGAUCCAUAAUAUCACUGAGACUUUUCACGAGAUAUUGGAUAAAAAUACUUGGCUGUCCAACGAAACAAAGGCACGAGCAAAGACCAAGCUAUCAGCAAUGGGUUUCAAUGUUGGAUAUCCAGAAUCUCUUUUAGAUGAUAAUAAACUCAAUGCAUACUAUUCUAAUGUUUUUAAGCCCGGAUUUGAAACGCUCGGAUUUUUCGAGUUGUCUCUAACAAUGGUUAAAAGCAGCGCAUUGGAAAAUUUAAAAUUACUUGCAGCGGAGACAGAAUACCCGGAGAAGUGGCCCGUAUCCACAUCUGUCGCUCAUGCUUACCAUAUCCCUACAAGGAACAGCAUAUUUAUUCUUGCUGGAAUCUUACAACCACCAUUUUACUAUCGUAUGGGCUCAAGCUCUAUGAAUUAUGGCAGUAUCGGAUCAGGGAUCGGUCAUGAAAUAUCCCAUGGAUUUGAUACUGCGGGUUCACAAUAUGAUGAGAAUGGAGAACUAAAUGAUUGGUGGACUUGGAGUGACAAAUAUAUCUUUAAAUAUCUUGCAACUUGCUAUGCUCAUCAAUACAGUUUUUACAACUGGGAAGGUCACCAAGUGGAUGGUUACAAGACCCUCAAUGAGAAUUUAGUUGAUCAUACAGGGUUAGACCAAAGCUUCUUGGCUUACAGAAGAUGGGUAACAAAAAGAGGUGCGGAAGAAGAAAAGUUACCUGACCUUAAUCUCACUCAUAACCAGAUUUUCUUCGUUAGCUUUGCCCAGCUAUGGUGCUCUAAAGUAAAAGACGGCUUUCACCCUUUUAUCUUACAAUACGAAACACAUGCUAUGGGCAACGUUCGUGUUCAAGGACCACUCUGCAACUCUAACUAUUUUGCUAGAACUUUCGAUUGUAAGAUCAACUCAACCAUGAACCCUGAGAAUAAGUGUUUUAUGUGGUGAAAUGCGCUUGUAUCUCUCUCUAUAUAUAA